AUGAUAAAAUAUGACCGACAACGAAUCCGACAAACGGAGAGGACAAUUCGAUAUUUGGGCAUCUCACCAGUGUCGAAGAAUUAUGGGGAAAGAGUGUUAAAGAAGGAAACGCCAACCCUACAUGCGCACUUUUCCAACGGGAAUCGCCCACCGAAGUUUGUUGCCCUGACGUAUCAGACAGGGCGUGGAUCAACAGCGACUAUCAAUCAAAAUGACGGUGGAAACCUAAUUCACGAUGGAGCUGCCGAAGAUGAAGAUCUAAUCGAUACCGUAGUAUUCUGUUUAGGAACAGAGCUCUCCAACGCCAGAGGCGAGGCUUCUUCGCUGCUGACAACACACGAAAAGAACCCUAUCCACUGGGCAACGCCCGAGCAAGGAAGCGUAGGACAACCCCGCCGAUACUUGGGACCGCGAGCCACUUCCGAUGAGAGACUUUGCACGGGUAUUGCGAAGCGCACGAGGCAAGCCCUGCCCCCGUCUCGUCCUUCUAUAUAA